GAAAAGAUGGCACAGGCACUGCUGGUACCCCCAGGACCUGAAAGCUUCCGCCUUUUUACUAGAGAAUCUCUUGCUGCUAUCGAGAAACGUGCUGCAGAAGAGAAAGCCAAGAAGCCCAAAAAGGAGCAAGAAGACGAUGAGAACAAACCAAAGCCAAAUAGUGACUUGGAAGCUGGAAAAAACCUUCCAUUUAUUUAUGGAGACAUUCCUCCAGAGAUGGUGUCAGAGCCCCUGGAGGAUCUGGACCCGUACUAUAUCAAUAAGAAAACCUUUAUAGUAUUGAAUAAAGGGAAGGCAAUUUUCCGAUUCAGUGCCACCUCUGCCUUGUAUAUUUUAACUCCACUAAACCCUGUUAGGAAAAUUGCUAUUAAGAUUUUGGUACAUUCUUUAUUCAGCAUGCUUAUCAUGUGCACUAUUUUGACCAACUGUGUAUUUAUGACCUUGAGUAACCCUCCAGACUGGACAAAGAAUGUAGAGUACACAUUCACAGGAAUCUAUACCUUUGAGUCACUUAUAAAAAUCUUGGCAAGAGGGUUUUGUUUAGAAAAUUUUACAUUCCUUCGGGAUCCAUGGAACUGGCUGGAUUUCAGUGUCAUUGUGAUGGCAUAUGUCACAGAGUUUGUGGACCUGGGCAAUGUCUCAGCGUUGAGAACAUUCAGAGUUCUCCGAGCCCUGAAAACAAUUUCAGUCAUUCCAGGUUUAAAGACCAUCGUAGGGGCCCUGAUCCAGUCGGUAAAGAAGCUGUCCGACGUCAUGAUCCUGACUGUGUUCUGUCUAAGUGUGUUUGCCCUCAUUGGGCUACAGCUGUUCAUGGGUAACCUGAGGAAUAAAUGUUUGCAGUGGCCCCCAAACGAUUCUGCAUUUGAAACCAACAUCACUUCCUACUUUAAUAGCACAGUGGAUUCAAAUGGAACAUUUGUGAAUGUAACCGUGAGCACAUUUAACUGGAAGGAUUACAUUAAUGAUGAGAGUCACUUUUAUGUUUUGGAUGGACAAAAUGACCCUUUACUCUGUGGGAAUGGUUCAGAUGCAGGCCAGUGUCCAGAAGGAUACAUCUGUGUGAAAGCUGGUCGAAACCCAAACUACGGCUAUACAAGCUUUGACACCUUUAGCUGGGCUUUUUUGUCUCUCUUUCGCCUUAUGACUCAAGAUUACUGGGAGAAUCUUUACCAGUUGACAUUACGUGCUGCUGGAAAAACAUACAUGAUCUUCUUUGUCCUGGUGAUUUUCUUGGGCUCUUUUUAUUUGGUGAACUUGAUCCUGGCUGUGGUGGCCAUGGCUUAUGAGGAACAGAAUCAAGCCACCUUGGAAGAAGCAGAGCAGAAAGAGGCUGAAUUUCAGCAGAUGCUUGAACAGCUUAAAAAGCAACAGGAAGAAGCUCAGGCUGCAGUCGCAGCAGCAUCGGCUGCUUCAAGAGAUUUCAGUGGAAUAGGUGGGUUAGGAGAACUACUAGAAAGUUCUUCAGAAGCAUCAAAAUUAAGCUCCAAGAGUGCUAAGGAAUGGAGGAACCGAAGAAAGAAAAGAAAACAGAGGGAGCACAUUGGAGGAAACAAAGGAGAGGGAGACAGGUUUCCAAAAUCGGAAUCAGAAGACAGUGUCAAAAGACGAAGCUUCCUGUUCUCCAUGGAUGGAAAUCGGCUGACUGGUGAGACGAAAUCCUGCUCUCCUCACCAGUCUCUGUUAAGCAUCCGUGGCUCCCUGUUUUCUCCAAGGCGCAACAGCAAAACAAGCAUUUUUAGCUUCAGAGGUCGUGCAAAGGAUGUGGGUUCGGAAAAUGACUUUGCUGAUGACGAGCACAGCACAUUUGAAGACAGCGAGAGCAGGAGAGACUCACUGUUUGUGCCACACAGACAUGGAGAGCGACGCAACAGUAACGUUAGUCAGGCCAGUAUGUCAUCCAGGAUGGUGCCAGGGCUUCCAGCAAAUGGGAAGAUGCACAGCACUGUGGAUUGCAAUGGUGUGGUUUCCUUGGUGGGUGGACCGUCAGCCCUGACGUCACCUACUGGACAACUUCCACCAGAGGGCACCACCACUGAAACAGAAGUAAGAAAGAGAAGGCUAAGUUCCUACCAGAUUUCAAUGGAGAUGCUAGAAGACUCCUCUGGAAGGCACAGGACCAUGAGCAUAGCCAGUAUCCUGACCAAUACCAUGGAAGAACUUGAAGAAUCUAGACAAAAAUGUCCACCAUGCUGGUACAGAUUUGCCAAUGUGUUCUUGAUCUGGGACUGCUGUGAUGCAUGGUUGAAAGUAAAGCAUCUUAUGAAUUUAAUUGUUAUGGACCCAUUUGUUGAUCUCGCAAUUACCAUUUGCAUUGUUUUAAAUACUCUUUUUAUGGCUAUGGAGCACUAUCCCAUGACAGAUCAAUUCAGCAGUGUAUUAACUGUAGGAAACCUGGUCUUCACGGGGAUCUUUACAGCAGAAAUGGUACUGAAGAUCAUUGCCAUGGAUCCAUAUUAUUAUUUUCAAGAGGGCUGGAAUAUCUUUGACGGGAUUAUUGUCAGCCUAAGUUUGAUGGAGCUGGGCCUCUCAAAUGUGGAGGGACUGUCUGUACUACGAUCGUUCAGACUGCUUCGAGUUUUCAAGUUGGCAAAAUCCUGGCCCACACUAAAUAUGCUCAUUAAGAUCAUUGGCAAUUCUGUAGGGGCCUUGGGUAACCUCACCUUGGUACUGGCCAUCAUCGUCUUCAUUUUUGCCGUGGUUGGCAUGCAGCUCUUUGGCAAAAGCUACAAAGAAUGUGUCUGUAAGAUCUCCAGCGACUGUGAGCUCCCACGCUGGCACAUGAACGACUUCUUCCACUCCUUCCUGAUCGUGUUCCGCGUGCUAUGUGGGGAGUGGAUAGAGACCAUGUGGGACUGUAUGGAGGUCGCUGGCCAAACCAUGUGCCUUAUUGUUUUCAUGUUGGUCAUGGUCAUUGGAAAUCUUGUGGUUCUGAACCUUUUUCUGGCCUUAUUAUUAAGUUCAUUUAGUUCAGACAACCUUGCUGCUACUGAUGAUGAUAAUGAAAUGAACAAUCUCCAGAUUGCCAUAGGAAGGAUGCAAAAGGGAAUCGAUUAUAUAAAAAACAAGAUAUGUGAAUGUUUCCAACGAGCCUUUUUCAGGAAGCCAAAAGUUAUCGAAAUCCAUGAAGGCAACAAAAUAGACAGCUGCAUAUCCAACAACACUGCAAUUGAAAUAAGCAAAGAGUUUAAUUAUCUAAAAGAUGGGAAUGGAACUACUAGUGGUGUAGGUACUGGAAGUAGUGUUGAGAAAUAUGUAAUUGAUGAAAAUGGCACAUCGUUCAUAAACAAUCCCAGUCUCACAGUGAUAGUGCCAAUUGCUGUCGGAGAGUCUGAUUUUGAAAAUUUGAAUACAGAAGAGUUCAGCAGUGAGUCAGAAUUAGAAGAGAGCAAAGAGAAACUAAAUGCAACAAGUUCGUCUGAAGGAAGCACAGUUGAUAUUGCUCCACCCCGAGAAGGUGAACAAGCAGAAAUUGAACCUGAGGAGGAUAUGAAACCAGAAGCUUGUUUUACUGAAGGCUGUAUUAAGAAGUUUCCAUUUUGCCAAGUAAGUACAGAAGAAGGCAAAGGAAAAAUCUGGUGGAAUCUUCGAAAAACCUGCUACAGUAUCGUUGAGCACAACUGGUUUGAAACGUUCAUUGUCUUCAUGAUCCUGCUCAGCAGUGGUGCUUUGGCAUUUGAAGACAUAUACAUUGAACAACGAAAGACUAUCAAAACGAUGCUAGAAUAUGCUGACAAGGUCUUCACUUACAUAUUUAUUCUGGAAAUGCUUCUCAAAUGGGUAGCCUAUGGAUUUCAAACGUAUUUCACUAAUGCCUGGUGCUGGUUGGAUUUCUUGAUUGUUGAUGUUUCAUUGGUUAGCUUAGUAGCCAAUGCUCUUGGCUACUCAGAACUUGGUGCCAUCAAAUCACUGCGAACACUAAGAGCUUUAAGACCUUUAAGAGCCUUAUCUCGAUUUGAAGGCAUGAGGGUGGUUGUGAAUGCUCUUGUUGGAGCAAUUCCAUCUAUCAUGAACGUACUGUUGGUUUGUCUCAUCUUCUGGCUGAUAUUCAGCAUCAUGGGUGUGAAUUUGUUUGCUGGCAAGUUUUACCACUGCGUUAACAUGACAACGGGUGACAUGUUUGAUGUUAGUGAAGUCAAUAAUUUGAGCGACUGUAAGGCUCUUGGCAAACAAGCUCGAUGGAAAAAUGUGAAAGUGAACUUUGAUAAUGUUGGCGCCGGCUAUCUUGCAUUGCUUCAAGUGGCCACAUUUAAAGGCUGGAUGGAUAUUAUGUAUGCAGCUGUUGACUCACGAGAAGUAACCCAGCAGCCCGUAUAUGAAGAAAAUCUAUACAUGUAUUUAUAUUUCGUCAUCUUUAUAAUCUUUGGGUCAUUCUUCACUCUGAAUCUAUUUAUUGGUGUUAUCAUAGAUAAUUUCAACCAGCAAAAAAAGAAGUUUGGAGGUCAAGACAUCUUUAUGACAGAGGAACAGAAAAAAUAUUACAAUGCAAUGAAGAAGCUUGGAUCUAAGAAACCUCAGAAACCCAUACCUCGACCAGCAAAUAGAUUCCAAGGGAUGGUUUUUGAUUUUGUAACAAGACAAGUCUUUGACAUCAGUAUCAUGAUCCUCAUCUGCCUCAACAUGGUCACCAUGAUGGUGGAAACUGAUGACCAGAGCAAGUACAUGACUCUGGUCUUGUCUCGGAUCAACCUUGUGUUCAUUGUCUUAUUCACUGGAGAAUUUGUGCUGAAACUUAUAUCCCUCAGAUACUACUACUUCACCAUAGGUUGGAACAUCUUUGAUUUUGUGGUUGUGAUUCUCUCCAUUGUAGGAAUGUUUCUGGCAGAGAUGAUAGAAAAAUAUUUUGUGUCCCCGACCUUGUUCCGAGUGAUCCGACUUGCAAGGAUCGGCCGAAUCCUGCGUCUGAUCAAAGGAGCAAAGGGAAUCCGCACGCUGCUCUUUGCGUUGAUGAUGUCGCUCCCUGCGUUGUUUAACAUCGGCCUCCUGCUCUUCCUCGUCAUGUUUAUCUACGCCAUCUUCGGAAUGUCCAACUUUGCUUAUGUUAAAAAGGAAGCUGGAAUUGAUGACAUGUUCAACUUCGAGACCUUUGGCAAUAGCAUGAUCUGCCUGUUCCAAAUUACCACCUCUGCUGGCUGGGACGGCUUGCUGGCACCUAUUCUCAACAGUGCACCACCUGAUUGUGAUCCUGACACAAUUCACCCUGGCAGCUCAGUUAAGGGAGACUGCGGUAACCCAUCUGUUGGGAUUUUCUUCUUCGUCAGCUACAUCAUCAUCUCAUUCCUGGUGGUGGUGAACAUGUACAUCGCUGUCAUCCUGGAGAACUUCAGUGUUGCUACUGAGGAAAGUGCAGAGCCCCUGAGUGAGGAUGACUUUGAGAUGUUCUAUGAGGUUUGGGAGAAGUUUGACCCCGAUGCGACGCAGUUUAUCGAGUUUGCCAAACUCUCUGAUUUCGCAGCUGCCCUAGAUCCUCCCCUUCUCAUAGCAAAACCCAACAAAGUCCAGCUCAUUGCCAUGGAUCUGCCCAUGGUCAGCGGUGACCGCAUCCACUGCCUCGACAUUUUAUUUGCCUUUACCAAGCGUGUUUUGGGUGAGAGUGGAGAGAUGGAUGCCCUCAGAAUACAGAUGGAAGAUCGGUUCAUGGCAUCAAAUCCUUCCAAAGUCUCCUAUGAGCCCAUUACAACCACUUUGAAACGCAAACAAGAAGAGGUGUCUGCUGCUAUCAUUCAGCGUAAUUUCAGAUGUUAUCUUUUAAAGCAACGAUUAAAAAAGGUCUCAAGUGAAUAUAACAAAGAGAUGAUCAAGGGGAGGAUUGAUUUACCUAUCAAAGAAGACAUGAUUAUUGACAAGUUAAAUGGGAAUUCCACCCCAGAAAAAACAGAUGGAAGUUCUUCUACCACCUCACCUCCUUCCUAUGAUAGUGUAACAAAACCAGACAAAGAAAAGUUUGAGAAAGAGAAACCAGAGAAAGAAAGCAAAGGAAAAGAGAUAAGGGAAAAUCAGAAGUAA